CUAAGAAACUUGUUUGCUUCUCUUUAUUUUAGGUUUUCUUCUUUUAUUGCUUCCAAGAAACCGAUCCCCUAAAAUAUGAACGGAAGAGAAAAGAAAGUUAGAAAACUUCCAAUAAGAAGAGCAAACAACAAUGGAUCAAUGACCAAGCAUCAUGAUCAUGUUUCAGAGGAGAUUCUGAUUGAGAUACUAGCGAAGUUACCAUUGAGAAGCAUCAGGAGAUUCAAAUCGGUUUGCAAAACAUGGAAAUCGGUAACAGAAACAGAUUAUUUCCGGCGGCUCUUAGUGUCUCUGCACAAAAACUCGUCUUCCUCAUGGUCACUAGUGGUGGGGACCAAGGCAAGAGACCUCAUAAGCUUGCAUAGAUGCGAGACAUGGGAUCUUCCAAAGUCUCUAGCUUGUUAUAUUCAGAGUCAUAUAACAACAGGUCAUCUCGACUACGUGGCCUCUUCCAAUGGAUUGGUUUUCAUGGAUGGAUAUAAUACUUCCUUCGUGGGCAAUCCAGUAUUACAACAAUGGGUUCAAAUCCCUUCCCUUCAAUAUCCUUUUGUAACGCUUCCCUUUGGUCUUGUGACCCGCGUGGACGACGACGGCGUCGUUCUUGGCUUCAAAGUGGUUAGGAUCGCUGGAGAUAAACAAAAGAGACAAGAAUCAUUGACUAUGUUGUGUCUUUGUGUGUAUUCGUCUGAGACAGGCGUUUGGUCUAAAAAGCCACUUGAUUGCUCUCAUUACUUUACGAGCUGGGCGCUUAUAGCUCAUGAUUUCUAUGGUGAAGAAUCCGAUCUAUGUCGGGUUAUACCUCUCCCGGAUCAUGAUUUGGAUCACAACUGGUGCUUCAAAAGAGCCUUGACUACAUCCGGAGGAUCAGUCAUGUAUAUCAAAACACUAGCUCACAAUCUUUUGAAGGUUUGGAUGUUGACCAAAAAUGAUGAUUGGAAGCUUCUGUGGGAGAUACGCCUCCCGUUUAUAACUUGUGAUGAUGAUAUCCCCUAUUAUGCUCCCUUGGCAAUGAAUCCGUUUGAUGGCAAUAUUGUCUACUUAUGGAGCCAACAGAAGCGUUAUUUGGUAUCGUGUAACUUGCAGACGCACAACUUCAAAAUCUUGAGCGAAGAAGAAGUAUCUACAAGGCGUAUUGAUGAUGAUGGUCUUGAAAAAUGUGUCGUGAACCAGUCUACAUGUGAGCAGCUUAUGAAUGCGAGUUUUGAUCCAGACUCAUUGGACGAUUGUGUAUAUCCACUCACUCUUUUUCAUUUCGUUCUCCCACGGUGGAUGGAAUCGCUACCAUGUCCUCCCCAAGUUGAGAUGAUGGAUACAAGUUCGCUACUCUCUUACAUUCUUGUAAUGGAGGCGAAUAGACCAGAGUUUAAGGAUACCUUUGGAAUUCGUGAACGCUUGUUGCGUAGCCGUUUCUUCUCGACAAAACGGAGAGAAUAGUAGAGGCGAAUAGGGGUUUUUCGAUUCGAUCUUUUGUGUUUUUUUUUUAAUUUGUUUGUUCCGGAUUUUUUCCCAAUUUUUUUUUAUAAUUCUAUCGUAGUAUUUGAUGUUGAUUUCGAUGUUUUAAGUCUUGUUGAAACAUGUUACGUGGUAUGCCUCUCAAAAUCUUGAGAGUUCUUUCCUUUCAGACCUUUAUAAUUCAGGUUCUUCUAGACUGAAUUGGUUGUCAUUUUUUCAAAACAGAUGGUGUGUUUGGAGCAAGUAGGAGAUAAAUCCUAUCAAUAAACAGAUGGUUUUUAU